CCCGCCUGGCUUGUCCUUGCGCCAUCUCAUCUCCUUGGCUCUCGCUUCUAUCGACUGCACCCGCCGCCAUGUCGUUCGGAGAUUUUGACAGAGCCUCAUCGAGUCCGCGCCAGUAUGCCAUCAACCUCCAGUCUGCGCCUUCGGGCCUCGCAGACUCGGACGGCGAGCGAUCCUAUUCCAAGAUGAUGGAUCGAUCCUCGCAUACCAUUUUCAUGAUCUCCAACAACGUCGCCCACAUUCAAAAAUAUGUUUCCAACUUUGGGACGGCCAAGGACUCAGAAGACGCUCGCAAGAAGCUGACCGAGCUGACCAACGCCACCCGCAACAUGAUCAAGCAGACCACGAUUGAUCUCAAAAACCUCUCCAAGCUCGAGAACGAUAACCGACAGCGCAAGAUGGCUCAUCAGAAGCUCCAGAAGGAUUUCGAGGAUGUGCUGGGCCGGUUCCAGAGCGUCUCCAAGCUCGCGGCAGCCAAGUCGCGUGAAUACGUCAUCCGUGCUCGGGCCCUCCAACAUGCCGAGGAGGAGGACGAAAACGCCGGAGAGAAUCAGCCCCUGAUCAGCCAGCAGCAGCGGCUGCAGAUCCAUGCCGUCGAGUCCGAGCUCCAGUUCAACGAGGCCUUGAUCAACGAGCGCGACGGAGCAAUUCGUCAGAUCGAGCAGUCCAUCGUCGAAGUCAAUGAAAUCUUUCGAGAUCUGGGAACGAUUGUCAACGAUCAGCAGCACCAUCUGGAUAACAUCGAAUCCAACGUCGAAAGUGUCGCCAUCAACAUGGAAGAUGCAACGACCGAGUUGCGAACGGCGAGCCAAGCACAGCUGCGGGCCCAGUCCCGCAAAUGCUACUUGAUGAUCCUGCUGGGCGUCAUCGUUGUGAUCUUCACGAUCGUGAUCUUCUCCUGAAGUCGGCCUGUGGUCCUGAUUGUAUGCAUAUUAUCGUUGCAGCUCUGGAAUCGGGUUCCAGUCGCAGUCGACUCGCCCGAUGCCCGAAAGCCUUUCCUCCUUUCUUCUGCUUGUCGGUGAAGCAUCCGGCGCAGGCCAUUGCUCCCAUCUCCCCAGCCCCGGAAUCGGAUCGCUAGACACCUCGUUUGCACUUUUUCUUUUUGGUCCAAA